GAUCCUUGUCGGCAACACGCCUUCACGCACUCUUAAUGCUCCACUAGUACGUGGAAUACUUGGUCGAACGCUAACCGCUACAAUUUAGCUGUCAGUUUGUGAUGAAUACCUUUGAUUCUUAACCAUAAAUUUUAACUCGAUCCUAAGUCCACAUAUUAGAUUACAACCCUCUUUUGACCUCGAUAAACAGGUGAGUUGUCUGAGGGCCACUUUAGCGUUGUUUGCAAGUCGCCCUUAAAUUACGGUGUCACUGCCUUUUUUGCAUUUAGCAUAUACUUUUGGAUGAAAAUAGCAUGACUAAAACUUAAGUGGAUGCUAUUAAAUGUCAAGCGGUUUAACAAUUAUCUCUUCAUAACAGAGGUGGUGCAUUCGAUGAGUAGGUAGUAUUCAGAAUGUUGCUACCUUCCUGUUAGUAAAUGUUUGUCCUUAUAAUAUCACACUUUUUCUAAGUAUUAAGCUCUUCAUUACUCAUGUUCUCAAAAUUCAUUAAAACAAAAGAUUUGGGAACGGUACGUAUUUAUUUGUGCUUCUGCUGUCCAUUUUUUUGUAAUAUUUUUUAAAUCCCGAUGGUUCUCACCUUUUAUUCAGGAAGUGCACUUCAUACAUAAUAAAGAUCAUGAUAAAUAUAUUUUCUUGUGAUAUCCCAAAGAGUAGAAAAUAACCGAGAUAAAACUAACACAACUUGGGUUAAUUUCAUUUUAUUCAUUUAUCUGCUCUGAAGAAGUGGCUUUCGCUAAGUCACAAAACACCAAAAAUACAAUUUUUUAUUCAUAGGGAUAUCAAAAAGAAUAUUUAUUGCUAAUUUUCUACCCAAUGCUCAACUUAUUUUAAACUGGUGAAGGUCAUAUUUUAUAAAUAUGCAUUAAUGAACGGCUCGAGUCGACAAAAAACAUCAACAUGUUAUACCUUUUAAGACCACAUGAUAUGCAUGCCCGACUUGGUACUGGUUCUCGUAUUUCUGCUGCCUAAUUAAAUAUUUAUUUACCAUAUUGCCUGUCUCGUAACAGUGGAUACAUAUAUGUUCAUGCAUAGCUUUUUGAAUCUAAGCAAUAUGGAGUUUAUCGAAUGGUGAGUGUCAUUAAAAUCAGAACCACAAUAUAAUGCGUAAACGCUUUUUGAAAUUUUCUUGUCCAAUCCUAUUUGUUGACGAAUUCUAAAUUAUUCGUAUCGUAUGCCUAAUUUUCUGUAUAUGUUAUAAUAUCGUUCUGUUGUUCCAGUGACUAUCUCUAGUUGGUAUGGCUGAUUAUUGGAAAAGUAACCCAAAGAAGUAUUGCGAAUUAUGCAAAUGUUGGAUGACUGACAACAAAAUCAGCAUUCAAAAUCAUGAGAAUGGUAUGCGUCAUAAAGCUAGUGUGGCUAAAAAAGUUAAUGAAUUGACCCGUAGUAAUAAAUGUGCUGAAAUGGAAAGGAAGAAUUUAGAGGCGUGCUUACAACAAAUAAACGAUAGUGCUCACUUAAGCAUGAUGAAAGAUCUAGAAAGAGACCCAUCAUUGGCAAAACAGUAUGGAGUCGUGCUAGCAAAGUCACCAUGUGAAGGAAAAUUGAACGAAGAGUCUUCUAGUAAAACAGAGAAAUCAGUUGCUGAUAAAUCUCGUCCUGAUCCAUCCAGUCGUGCAAAUAUUUGGAAGGAAUCAAUUACCCCAGAUGGCAAACAUUAUUAUUGGAAUGUGGCCACUCGUGUUGCUCAGUGGACACGGCCAGAUGGCAUUAUAGAGCCGGACCAACGACCAGUGAAAGAAGAAAAAACCAGACUAAAAGAGUUCGUCUUAAAUCGUCUUGUGGAGUUAAGCGAAUAUGGAUCCAAAGGAGCCAAUGAGGCAGUACUACAAGUGUUUAAUGUACCUACAUCAGAUAUCGAGCCUAUCAUAGAAAAAAUAUCGGAUGGCACAUCCGAUAAGAAGCCGAAAAGUGUGGACCUCUCAACAUCUGUUCAAUUCCAAGGUCCAAAAAUUGACUUACUUGGUCCGUGGGUUCCUUGUGGUGAUACUCCUAGGCCCAAAUUACCCAAGCUUGAUCUCCCUGAUGCUUCCAAUGAUGUCGGAAGCUUUGGAUAUCCAAAUUUAGAUGGAAAACUGGCUGUACUUGCACAGUUAGAAACAACAACAGAAAAAUAUUACGAAAAUCCAACCCUCUUCAGUCCUAAAGACCAGGUAACUACUCAUAGUAGUCACUUAGCUGAGACCACUAAGCAAACCAGUAGUGAGAAUACUAAAGUACGACAACCUAAUUCUACCACAACAGCUCGUAUUGUGUUCAAACGACGUCCUACGUCUAACCGAAGUAUACGUACCCCGCAAGAUGACGAGUAGAAGUUCCUACUACAAUUGUGUACAUAUAAUAUUUUUAUGGAUAAUAUAGUCAUUUUCCAGC